UUAUGUUAGCUCUGCACCUUCUUUUGCUUGCUGAUCUCUCCCUUCUCAUUUUCAUAGAUUUUAUGCGGAGUGAUUUCGAAUUUGACAACCGCUUCACUGAAAUUCUGAAAGCAGUUUCUUCGUGUGAUCGGUGCAAGAAUAAGAUCAAGCUUCUUCCCCUUCAAACAUUACACAAUAUACUUUGUUUAAUGUCCUAACCUUUAAAGUUGGAUUGCAUAAGGGCAUAUUUUUGGUCUUGGUCUUUACCUAUGCAUAAACUAAAACAAGACAGGGAUAUAUACAUAUCUAAAGGUGUUGGAGAUGGUGACGGAGAUAUCGCGUUGAGACCAGGGAAGACGAAAAUUUUUCAUCCGCCUAUUGAAAGCCAUUGGCAUCUCCCUCCCCCAGAGAAAAACAAGCCUGAUUCAUCUAUAAUGUCAAACUUAGGCUUCAAGACAAUGCUGUCAUAUCCGCUCAAGUUUCGGGACUCAUUCAAGAGGCUCGGAGGGAGUAGUAGUAGGAGCUUCAAAACGGUUCUCGGAGGAGUUCAUGAUCCGAAAGAUGAAAAAUAUGUUGAGUCUUUCAGAGAAUUGCUUUUUAUUGAGGGUCAGCUUCCUCCACAGCAUAAUGAUUAUCAUACCCUUUUAAGGUUUCUUAGAAUGAGGGACUUCGAUUUUGUGAAAGCAAAAGAUGCGUUCUUGAUUUAUCUUAAGUGGCGUGAGGAUUAUCAGGUUGAUGAAAUUCCAAAGGAGUUUAAGUUUGAGGAGUAUGAAACGGUAAAGAAAUGCUAUCCCCAUGGAUAUCAUGGUGUAGACCGAUAUGGUAGACCAGUAUACAUCGAAAGGAUCGGGAUGGUGGACCUUAACAAACUUCUGCAAGUAACUACCCUCGAAAGAUUCACCAAGUAUCACGUUUCCGAACAAGAGAAAACAUUAAAUUUGAGAUACCCUGCGUGUUCGAUUGCAGCUAAGAGGCAUGUAGCAUCUACAACAAGUAUUUUGGAUGUGCAUGGAGUGGGAUUGGCUAAUUUCUCAAAGCCUGCCAGAUAUAUUUUUAUGGAAAUUCAGAAGAUUGAUAGCAAUUACUACCCAGAGACUCUAAAUUGCCUCUUUAUCGUCAACGCUGGAUCCGGGUUUAAAAUGCUGUGGAAAGUAGUGAAGGCUUUCCUUGAUGCAAGAACAUUAGCAAAGAUUCAAGUGUUGGGAUACAAUUAUCACAGUGAGCUGUUUGAUGUUGUUGAUCAAAGUAAUUUGCCAACUUUUCUGGGUGGAAACUGCACCUGUUCCGAUUACGGGGGAUGCCUUUUCAGUGAUAGAGGACCCUGGAACAAUCCUGAAAUUACAGAACUGCUUCAGGCGAUUUCAGUUGGCAACGAGCUAAACAACUGUGAAGAAAACGGUGAUCAGGGAUCAGAAGAGGCAUUGGUGCGCGAUACGAGAAUCCAGGAUUUGGAAGCAGCGCUUGGAGACUUGAAGAAGAAGAUCGAAGCAUUAGAAGCUGCGCUUAAAGAAACCAAGAUAGUCUUGAAAGAACUCGGGAAGGAUGUACAAGAGUUGAGAUCAACUUCCUAGGAACUACUGUUAAGCAAGCUCUAAUUAGCAAAUAAAUGUGUAUCGUUUAGGGGAUCGAUCCAUCUGUGCUCCUACAAGCUAUAUUUAACCUCUCGCGCUCCUGCUACGAACACAGAGAAGUUGGAUAGGGGAGUACUGGUGCUUUCACCAUAGACGCCACUGCACGUUCGUGCCUUCAUCUCAUCAGUAGCCACCGUUACUAGAGUAUUAGCCUAUAUAUUGAAGCAAAACACUGCCUAUUGAAGCAAAA